AAAUAGUAGCGAAGAACAGCCAUUGGAAACGAUUUUCGGAUAAUUUGACGGUGUCAAAGGAGAAAUUACUCUAUUCUCAAGCCAUCUGCGUUAAAUGGGCUUUAACUUUUUAUUACAGGAAUUAGUUUUUGCCAACCUUACCUAUAAGCGAAGCAGUAUUUUUGCCAGGAAAUAAGGUUUCCAAUCUAAACUUCGUCAAGCACCACUUCUCAAUUUUUGGCCGCCAUACUUGAUGUAAAUGACGAAAGAAACCAUACUUCAUGAGCAGAUUCGCCCCCUCUUAGCUCCUUUCCAGCCAUGAGUGGGAGGCCUCGGACGACAUCCUUUGCAGAAGGUGGAAAAGCAGGUGGCUCUGCCCCAUUUGGAGGGAUGAAGACUAUCAAUAAGGAUGGAAGUAGGGUGACAACUGUGCUAGCUACAGCAGGUCAAGGCAAUGACAGGCCACAGGAAGUGUCGUAUACAGACGCUAAAGUCAUUGGAAAUGGUUCAUUUGGGGUUGUAUACCAAGCAAAACUGGUUGAAUCACAGGAGCUUGUUGCAAUCAAGAAGGUCCUGCAAGACAAACGAUUUAAGAAUAGAGAGUUACAGAUAAUGCGCAAGUUGGAGCACCAUAAUAUAGUCAAACUCAAGUACUUCUUUUAUUCUGCAGGAGAAAAGAAAGAUGAGGUUUUCCUGAAUCUUGUUUUGGAAUAUGUUCCAGAGAAUUUGUAUAGGGUAGCUCGACAUUACAGUAAAAAUAAGCAAACAAUCCCAAUGCUUUUCAUUAAGCUUUACAUGUACCAGUUGUUCCGGAGCCUUGCCUACAUUCAUUCACAAGGGGUGUGUCAUCGCGAUAUCAAACCACAAAACCUUCUACUUGACCCAGAUACAGGUGUUCUUAAACUCUGUGAUUUCGGAAGUGCCAAAGUAUUGGUGCGUGGUGAACCAAAUGUGUCGUAUAUUUGUUCUCGGUACUACAGAGCACCAGAACUUAUAUUUGGUGCUACAGAUUACACCUGUCAAAUAGAUGUAUGGUCAGCAGGCUGUGUGCUGGCAGAGUUACUGUUAGGUCAGCCAAUAUUCCCGGGUGAUAGUGGAGUAGAUCAACUCGUAGAGAUCAUCAAAGUACUAGGUACACCAACUAGAGAACAAAUCAGAGAGAUGAAUCCAAAUUAUUCAGAAUUCAAGUUCCCACAAAUCAAAGCACAUCCAUGGACAAAGGUGUUCCGACCACGUACGCCACCAGAAGCUAUACAAGUAGUUAGUCGACUACUGGAAUAUAUUCCGUCAGCCCGUAUUUCUCCCCUUGAAGCAUGUGCUCACGCUUUCUUUGACGAGUUGAGAGAGCCAAGCACACGAUUACCCAAUGGCAGAGAAUUGCCUGUUUUGUUUAAUUUCUCUCCACAAGAGCUUUUAAUUGCCCCUCAUUUGAAUGCAACAUUGAUACCUCCUCAUGCACGGACGUCUGGUUCUGACGCUCAAUCUGGCGGCACAACAGGACAGGACAUGGAGUCAAAGAGUGCUGGCAACCCUGGAGGUGAUGCAUCAACUUCUCAGGGUGCUGCUGGCGGCAACGCGUGAGCUCUAGUGAUUUUAGGAACUGCUCUGUAUUUAUUUCAUCAACUUUUAUGGUACAUGUACAAUAUUAUUUUAAAUUCCCCUUGUGAAGGGUUUAGCAACAUAGUGUGAGACACGACAGUGCGGAAUCUGAAUUGUGUUGUUUUUUACGGGAAAGGACAUCAGUGUUAUGAUGAUAUGUGCUGGAUUACUUUUUGUGCUUGUGUUUUAUUGUGUCAGUGACAUUUCGGAUGCUAUGCCUGACACAUUUUUAAGGAUUAUAAUGCAGCCAGAUGUUUUAACAUGGGGAAUAUUUACUAACGUUGUGUCUACUAAUUGAUUAUGCAGAAUUUACAUACAGUGGGCAGUUGAACCAAAAAUUACGAUGGGACAGUGUGGCUCCCUGCUGAUGAACUCAUAGCUUGAGACUUCAUGGGGGUAUCACAUGAAAAAAUACUUAGUCACGUUAAUUGCACAAGCGCUGAAAUUGAGUUCAUGCUGUUGAAUGCUCUUGUGUAAGAAGAAAUUUUUUUAUAUACAUGAUGUUAACAUGUUAUUCUAUGAAUACCAUGUACAAUAUAUCUGUGAAUGUAACUAUAGCUGAACCAAGGUUUAUGAACUGUAUAUAUGGACAUGUACCACGGAUAAAUGAUGCACAUGAAGAAAGAAUAGAGACGCAUGCAGUGGAUAACAUGAGAAUAUUUUACUUGGAGACAAAGACACAGAGAACUCGAAAUCAUUGAGAAUGUUUCAUCAUUAACAUGCCUGUUAUUAACUAACCACAACAAUUGUAUUCAACUUGUGUUAAGAAUCUGCAGCCCCCUUUAUUUUUAAACGUUUUUAGUCAUGUAAUCUCUCAUUGUUUAUCUCUGUUUUAAACAAGUACUUUUUUGGGGGAGGCAACUUAUUUAUUACGUUUCACAAGACAUUGAAAUGAAGCUCUUAACUAAGUAUAUACUUAUGUGAUUUAUAUUUGAAAAAAUCUGUUCUAAGUGCAAAUGAAUGCACAAUUUAUGUAAAGUUGUCAUACAUGUAUGUGUGAUUUACUAGUCCAAAGUUGAAUCCAUACAUAUAGGUAGUGUUAAUGAUGGCUAAAAAAGCUUUACUAGGAAAACUAGCUAUAGAAAGUCUUUCCUGCAGUUUUGGUUUCUAUUAUUCUUUUUGUCAAAUCGUAGCUGAAAUAUGUGUCGCAGAUGCAUCAUUUUAUUAACACUGACACCGUCCCUAAAUAUGCCCUGUUAAAUAACCUUCUCUGGAAUUUUGAUCGAAUCUGUCGCACUUCACCAUUGUUUGAAAUGUCAUGGACUCAUUACAGGAUUUAAGAAGGUGCUUUAUCAUUCCUUUGGUUUUGUUUAUAAAUUUCCAACAUCUAAAAAAGUAUUUUUACCAGUUUAAGUACUACGGAAUUCUACUGACUAUACAUAUAAACAUUUGGAGUUGUUGGGAUGUGUAAAAUUGAUUUCAUUGAAAGCAUUGUCCUGGAGUGGUGAUAAGUGUUAUGCGUUAUGUACUGCUCUCUUCCUGUUUAUUGGGCUCAGUAGAACCUCCUUAUGUUAAUCUUCCCCUGAACAGCAGUGAAUGGGAAAUAAUUUAAAUAAAGUGUUACAUCGAAUAUUCUUGUAUGAUAUGUACUGGAUUAAGUAUGUAGCUAGAGAUUUUCUGUUUUUAAAUAUUAGCAGUUUCUUUUAGUACUAGAAUGAACUUGCUGCUACAUGAUGUCUGAUGUGUGUAAAAUCCCGAUUUGGCCGGGCGUUGUUCUCAUUUUAUAAGACCAUUUAAAAAACAUGUUUGUUUGCAGAACUCCGAUCCACCCUCUUAAAAUUGCUUCUACCCAAAUCUUGGUUGUCUUUUAAGGGUCAGAUGCCUACUUCCCCUUUCAUAAACUGUAUAAAAUACUGUAUAAGUGGAAAAGAUUGCAACAUGGAAAUAGUUGCGAAUUUAGCGAAUUCAAGAAAUUUGUGAAAAUAACAGCCAGACUAAAUUUCUACAUUCACUAUGACAUUACAUUAUAGUCAAAGAUAAACAGAUUUGGUUUUGACACUUCAAUUUUCAGCAAUAUGUGAAUAUUUCCGCUCACAGAAUGUCUGGAAUUGGCAGUUAGCGAACUUUUUGACCAGUAAAAAUAUCCAUUUAUACAGUACUACAGUAUCAACCCUAAUGUUCCUGGUAUACUCUGUCAGUAUUUUAAUUAGUUCCAUCUUGACAGGUAAGGAAAUAACCCAUCUACCUAUCUACAUACCUACCUACCUACCUACCCACAUUGGAAAAUUGAAGUUUAAAGCUUAGUUAAGAUUUGCAGUUUUUGUGGGGUAAAACAAGAAAUGAGUAGCAGUGUGCAGAAGUAAAGCUGUAUGUGAUCAUAUGUUACAUUGUUUAAUGACAGAUUUCAUAGACAUACUGUGUUAAUAAAAAACAAAAUGUGACCAACAUAUGAUAUUGUGUAGAUUGGAAGAAUUGUUUGACUGACAUGUAAUGUAUGAAACAAAAAAACUUGUUUUAGACAUAUUUUGUAAACAGACAUUUGAUUCAAAUGACCUAUUAUUAUCCAUAAGUCUGACAGAAUUGUGAAAUAGAAAAUUGUUUGACCAACAUACUGUAUAGAAAAUUAUUUUACUGAAUUACUGUUUAGAAGUAAAGCACCAUGAAGUUAUGUUGAAAGAAAGCAAUGUAUGUGACUAGUAUUGUGUAUACAUGUAUUGUGUAAAGCAGUAUAUAGGUGACAUAUUGUGUAAAACUACUGUUAUAAUUGACAUAUUACAUAGAGGAAAGGAUAAGUUGUGAGUCAUGCCCAGUCAUGUCUCUGUAGAUUAACAAGAUGUUACUGGUACAUAUACAUGUCUGUAAUGUAUUUUUACAGAAUAUAUCUCUAUUUCCAUUGGAAUAAUACUAUUAUUGAUCAGUUUCUCAGCUGGAUAAAUUGAUUAAAUAUACUUGUAGGAUGCUAAUAGGGUAGUUUUAUGAAGAUAUUAUUUUCAUCCUUUUAUAAGGCAGAUUUAAAUGCAUUCUCAGUGCACAAUUUCUUCUUUCUGAAUUAUUCAUGUUUUGAAGAAGCAUGAUUCCAGCUAAAUCUGUAGGGGUGUUUUAGUUCAAGACUGGUAUUAUGAAAAUCACUGCCUCAUACGCUUACUCAUCAUACAAACUGGACAAGAAAAACAUGUGCAAAUGAAAUGUUUUAUAUUUCAUUCAAAAUCAUCUGAAAAAUCCUGUGUUUUCAAGUCUGAAUCUCAUUUUUAGAUAUUGAGGUUUUCAGCUUGAACAUGUGGAUGUUUAAACUUAAUUGUGAUUAUUCAAGAUGGCAUGUGAAACUAAGUGUUCACUCAUUGUACAUUGAGCAUUUGUCCACUUUGCUGAAAAAAAAAAACAUGUGGAAAUUUUAUGUCCGUAGUUAGUACUAGUAUUUAUUGCCUGGUUUUCAAGUGGGACUUUUUCAUGAUACAUUCAUUAUACAGGAAAUUGUAUUUAUACUAUAUAUGUAUAUUGAAGAAGAAGAUACUUUAAGGAGACAUAUGUUAUAUACAUGUGUGACAUGUAAACCUCAUUUUUGAUUGAUUUUUUUUGUAAACAGGUGGAUUUAUCUCCAGAUACGAAAGUCAGACAAAGCCAAAAAAUACACAGCAUGUACAGUGAUUGCUGAGAUUUUCACAUUAAAAAGACUGUUCUACUUGUUUCAUUAUGGUAUAAAUAAAAAUCUAACAUGCUUUCUAUCUGUAAGAAACAAAGAAAAGAUCAGAGGAUCUGCUUAUUUUAAUACGGACAAUUUCCUAGUAUAAGAGAAGUUCACUGUAGAUAAUACAUCUUGUUGUCAUGUCCUUAACUUGCUGACGGAUGGACUGAAGUCAGCUUUAAAUUGGAAAUGUACAGUGUUGUAUUUCUCCAUUCUUAUGAUAAAAUUUUAAUAUGAAUUAAUUAUAUUACAAACAUAGGUUUGAAAAAGUAACCGCGCUUGGAAAGUAGAAUUCUUUCAUGUAGGAAACCCAUCCAGCCUGAAUAUGGAAAGGUUGUUGGUAAUACCCACAUGUUCACAUAUAUUUGAAAUAAUUCCUUGAGCGGGACCUUGGGUCUUCAGCCACCAUUGAAAGCUUAAAAGUUGGCAUGUGACAUUUAUUUAUAUCUGUGUGACUUUAACCUCAAAAAAACAAUGUCAGCUGUUGAAAGUGGGACAGCUGUAACAUUGCUGUUUGUAAAUAUGUGAAGAAAAUUACAAAAUGGCAAUACCGAAAUGAAAACUGAACAUUGUAGUACAGGUCAUAUGGUCUGGCUGUAUUGAACAAAGAAUGUUUGAUAAUUUUAUAAGAAUUUUUUACCAAUAUUGACAAAUAUGGCAUGUUGUAUACACAUAAACUAGUUUCCUGAAGUGAUACUUGUUAUGUAAAUAUUAACACAGAUUUCACUUUACACAAAAUAAAUAUAUUCAAAAAUAUUAACAAAGUAUCAGGUUAAGUUGUAAUUUGAAUCAUUUAAACAGGUUUCUUUAUCCAGAAAACUAGUUAAAAAUAUUAUUGAAGAAGUUAUUUGUGUAAUAUGAUUAUACACGUAUUGACAUUUCAGUGAAAUGGUUUUGAAACAAGUUGCACUCUGUUUGUACAUGAUUUUUAAGAGCAUUUUAAUAUACUAUUAUUUAAAAGUUGACUAUGACAUGUAUGAGGUAUUAUAAAUUGUAACCUUUAGCCUGCUGAUGCCAAGUGAUUUUGCCUUUGCAAGCACUACAGAUCAAGAUCAGCCUGCACAUCUGUACAUGGGUCAGUAAAUUUUCAGUGAACAUCCCCUUUGAAUAAUAAGUGUUACUGCCUAGAUUGAAUGAUGGACCAGUCCAUUUUAGAAAUUUAGCAGGGUAAAGGUUAAACAGUCAGCUGUAUUCAUGUAUAUCAUUACAGUUACAAUAUUUUAGUUUGUACCAUGUGUUUUAAAUGUAUUAUUUUGAAGAAAAUCUGCAGGGUGUGUUUUGAUAGUGGGAUGUUGAAAAAAUGCUAAAAUUUUCUGUUUGAAUGAAAUAUUUUGAAAUGAAACGUUUAAGGCUCAAUAAAAUCUUAAGAUGUAAUCAUGCUUCAUUAUUUGUACAUGUACCAAUUGAACAGUUAGUUAAUGCAACAGUGUUAUGUAUUGACUAAUGAUUACUACUAAUAUUUCAUAAACUAGUUUUUUUUGCCCUUUAUUGUUGACAUAGCUGCCUACAUUUCACACCUGGAAACAUCCGUGGCCGAGUGAUUAUGGUCACUGACUGUCAGAUCACUUGCCCCUCACCAUUGUGGGUUCAAAUCCUUGCUUUGGAUAUUGAAGUCAGUGAGGAAGUCAUCCAACUGGCUCAUGGAAGGUAGACUCAAGUGCAUGCUUGUACCUGAAAUAAUGCUGUGCGAGCAUCUUCCUCCACCAUGAAAACCUGGAAAGUUGUAUAUGACAUAUACAUGUGUCGAUGUGACGGUAAACCCAACAAAAAAGAAAAAAGAAUUCCCUCCUGUCUGCAUCACUUGUUUGUCAUUGUACUAGAUAAGAAUGAAGAUACUGUUUUUUAAAAAGAAUUGAAUAAUUUCAAACCUCUGCCAAACCAGUGUUUAGCAAAGUACUUUCAAUUAUCAUCGAAGUUGAAACAUUUUUAAGGUGAAUAAAAAAACACACUUGACUUAUGAAAUAUUUGGCUUUAAACAUUUGUCAAUAUGAACCUGAAAUAUGUUACUUGAAAUUACUCACUGUUAGCAAUGAUGUGUCAGUACAUGUAAUGUUUUAAUUUUCUCAUUUCCUGAAAACUUCCCUUCAUCUAUCUGAUCAAAAAACCUACAUCAUCAGUACAUGCACUCUAGUAUUAUUUCAACAUUUAUACAUUAUUUUGCAAUCUUGUACUUGGAAAAAAAGUUUAGUUUAUUUGAACAACCUAUGUAAUCUUUCCUGUCAACUAUCUAGGUUCAUAGCUUUUUAUAGUUUUUUUUUUGUGGACAGAAAGUGUUUUGGUAAGAUUAAGAAAGAGUAUUGUACAUCAUAAAAACACACCAGUACACAACAAGUUAUUUUCAUAAAUGACUGAUUUCCAUAACUCAUUACUAAGUCAUUAUCUAUUGCUUUAAGUGGGUAAUUUGAAGUGUGAUUGUGUUUACUAACUGGGCAUGGUUGUCGGAAGUUGUUAACCGUUGAAUGAUGAUUGUUGGUCAUGUGUUUUAUGCAUGUUUUAUAUUUACUUGUUUGGUGAUUGACAUGGUUUUACUCUAUGUUAAGCAAGUAUAACUGCCAUUCGGUUUUUUUCCUUCAGUUUUAAACUUGUCAUCAUCGACAUGUUAAAUUGAAUUUUGCACCAUUUUUUGCAACUUCCAUUUUAUAAUUCUUUUAAAUUGAAUAUCAUUAUUAUUAAGUAACAUACAUUUUGCAUGUUGUUGUGUUAUCAAUUAGAGCAAAUAAGGAUGAUGUUAAAGUUUGUUUAUGGGUAUUUUUUAUACUACUUUGGCAUUGAUUAACUGAUUAAAGUUUUCAUAAAAAGCUGAGAAAUUGCUGUAUUUUAAUAUGAAAAAGGUCGGAAAUAUGUUUUUUUUAAACUUUUCUUGUUACAUAUACUUAGUAGUUCUUUAUUGCAUGACUCCGUAUAAAAAUUGCUGGUCUUUAGUUUGUGCUGUUGCCUGGUCUAUAGAAGAACACUAAAUUGUUUUGGGUUUAAAUAAAAUAUUGAAGAAAAAAAUAAGGAAAAUUUAUUUCUGAUGUCAUGUUAUAAAAUGGCUUGCUGGUCAAUUUUUGAAACUAUUUGUUCUCGGUCCUUCAGACCUCAUACAAGUUUUAACUAUGGAGUGGCAAGCCAUGCAAUAGGUGUGUAACAGUAAAUCUUUAGUAGCAACAGUUUUAACAAAUGUAGGUUUUCAUCAGCUCAUAUUACAAGGUUCAGUACUAAAGGAAGCACAAACUUUUAAGUUCAUGGAAAACCUUUCACCUUACUGUUUCGUCAGUUAUUUAUUUCAAAACUAAUAAUUUGCCAGAUCGUAAAAAUUUGGAACAUGUGUGAAGUUUUGGUUUUCUGUACAACUUCAGCAAUGUUGGUGAUUAAAGUGCAUAGUCAUCAUCUUUUUUUAUGAGGUAAAAUAUUUGACCGUGUUGAAAUCAGACAGCAGAAGUCACUAGUAUAAUUUUGUUUUGUUUAUUUUUUAUGCCCCCGAAGGGAGGCAUAUAGUUUUUGAACCGUCUGUCCGUCUGUCCACAAUUUUCGUGUCCGGUCCAUAUCUUUGUCAUCGAUGGAUGGAUUUUCAAAUAACUUGGCAUGAAUGUGUACCACAGUAAGACGACAUGUCGUGCGCAAGACCCAGGUCCGUAGCUCAAAGGUCAAGGUCACACUUAAACGUUAAAGGUCAUUUUUCAUGAUAGUGCAUUCGUGUCCGGUCCAUAUCUUUGUCAUCCAUGGAUGGAUUUUCAAAAAACUUGGCAUGAAUGUGUACCACAGUAAGACAACGUGUGGCACGCAAGACCCAGGUCCGUAGCUCAAAGGUCAAGGUCACACUUAGACGUUAAAGGUCAUUUUUCAUGAUAGUGCAUUCGUGUCCGGUCCAUAUCUUUGUCAUCCAUGGAUGGAUUUUCAAAUAACUUGGCUUGAAUGUGUACCACAGUAAGACGACGUGUUGCGCGCAAGACCCAGGUCCGUAGCUCAAAGUUCAAGGUCACACUUAGACGUUUAAGGUCAUAUUUCAUGAUAGUGCAUUGAUGGGCGUGUCCGGUCCAUAUCUUUGUCAUUCAUGCAUGGAUUUUAAAAUUACUGGGCAUGAAUGUGUACCACAGUAAGACAACGUGUCGCGCGCAAGACCCAGGUCCGUAGGUCAAAGGUCCUAAACUCUAACAUCGGCCAUAACUAUUCAUUCAAAGUGCCAUCGGGGGCAUGUGUCAUCCUAUGGAGACAGCUCUUGUUUCCAGUUUAAAUAAGAUAGGGUAGCAAAUGUAAUUGGGGGUUUGUUAGGAUGAACAUAUGUAGAACAGGGCUCAGUUGUACGAAACUUUAACCGGCUGUUAAACUAACUGCCAGUUAAAUGUUGAUUCAGAAUAUUAGUCUUGGUUGGAAACACUAGUAUGUUUUUAUUUUACUGUAAAGUCAUUUAAGUUUUCAUAGUUUUUAACUCGUAUAUUUCUUUUUCUAAAUCUUCUAAGAUGUCAGAAUAUAGCUAUAAAAGUUAAUUGGCCGUUAGCUUAAUUGUUUGUUAAUGUUUCGAACAACUGGUUGCAGUACUUCAUAAAAAUAUCAAAUUAUAGUCACAAAAACGUUGUAUGUUAGUGGUAAGCAUUCAAGUUCAUUUUAACGGUGAAUAUUUGAGUUAAUAAAGGGUAUUUACUAUAUGUACUGAAGCUGAAGUGAACAGUUCAAAUGUCAUUUACAUAUUGGAAGUGUAAACUUAAAUAUUGAUAGCAUGUACACAAAAUGUUAUUCUGGUAGUGUGUAAACAAAUGUUGGUAGCGUGUAAACAAAUGUGAUAAUAUUCUGUGUCUCAUAAUUUCUCAGCUCUAAUGUAAACAUAUUACAAUGUAUUACAUGGUAAAUUUUUAUUACAUUGUUAUAUUUGUCCUGUAUGUUCCCAUUCUCACACAAGUCAUAGAUAAUAAAAAGUUCUUGCAGAUUU